AUGGCUAUUCUGUUACUCUCGCUCAGCGCUGUCCUCGCAAGCGACUGGCACUCCAGCGCUGCCAACGGAGAUGCGUGCGAAUAUCCCAAUUGCAGACCAGAACCCCAGAUUCCGGCAUCUCGACCACCUCCCGGCGGCAACUGGCUUGGCUUUGGUGCCGAUGUUUACAACAACCACUGGGCUGGAAGUGAUGCCCUCGUUGACUUAGCUAAUGUUAGAAAUCUCACUACCGUAUGUCAGAAGAAAUACGAACCGGGCCUUAGUGCAGCACCGCUCGUCGAGGACGGCAUUGCGUACUACAAUACGUUUGGUGGCCUGCUAGUGGCACUUGAUUACGCAACCUGCGAAGAGCAAUGGACAUUGAACGUUACGGAGUUAAUUCUGAAAGUCAAAGGAAACAGCGACAAUAUCGUCGCAACAGGUGGUGCGCUUGCCUCGCGCAGCACACCUGUUGCUGAUGGAGAUGUGCUGUACUUCGGCACACUCGCAAGAGCUCUGGUAGUCGCCGUGAACAAGGUUUCUGGUAAAGUCAUCGAUACGCUAGAGAUCGGCAACCAUCCCUUGUCCGUUCUCACACAGUCUCCAACUGUUUACAAGCACCGCAUCUUCUUCGGGGUAUCGACAACCGAAUCCGGUGCACCAGCUGCAGACCCCAGCUACAAUCUCACGCAUCAUGGCUCCAUGAAUGCUGUGGAGCUCCGCCACGGCCGUCUUGCUCUCGUCUGGACAACGCACAUGAUCCCGCCAGGCGCCAACUUCUCCGGUGCCUCGGUCUGGGGCUCUCAACCUUCCAUCGACCCUAUCCGCAAUCAGGUCUUCAUAGGCACUGGUCAGCUUUUCUCGCUCCCAGAUGAAUUCGUGGAGUGCCAGGAUGCAAACAAGAACCUGCGCGUGCAGACCGAGCAUCUCGCCAACGAGCCCUGUCUUCCACGCAAUGUGUACCAAACCUCUGUCCUCGCACUCGACAUUGAUACCGGUGAGAUAAAUUGGUACCGCACACUCGGAGCCUUGGAUGCAUGGAACGCAGCCUGCAUCCCCGAAUUCCUUGGCGGACCUCCUGGCACCCCUCCCGGGCCGAACUGUCCCAAGAACAUCGGCAACGAUACGGACUUCGGAAUGGCGCCUGCUUUUGUCCUCGGCUCGGAAUACACCCCUGGGCAGAAGGAUGUCAUCGUAGCAGGUCAAAAGAACGGGAACUUGUACGCGUUCAGCGCGCAGACCGGCACCGUGCUGUGGGCGGUCAACCCUGCACCGGGCGGUCUCGAAGGUGGCUUGAGCUGGGGCGUUGCCAUCGACCAGGACACAGUGUAUCACACUGGGAUUAACACCAAUCGCGUUAACUUCACUAUCUUCCCUUCCAACGAGACGAUCUCUAAUUCUGUAUUCGGUGCCGUUAAUCUCAAAGAUGGUAGCACGAAAUGGCAGACCGCAGCUCCGAGAAACAGGACUAGUAUUGUCAUGCCGGUUGUUGUCAAUGAUGUGAUAUUGACUGGGACUACUGGCGAUUGGGCAGAAGGCAGUUUGUACGCGGUGGGUCCUGGGUCGUUCAUUGCGCUCAAUAAGUUUACUGGGGAGAUCCUGAGAGAGGAUGUGCUGGACGCGUUCUUUCACGCAGGCAUUGCGGCUGUGAAGGAAUAUGUGAUGUUCGGAACUGGGUAUGGGGGGCUUGAACCGGCGCACAAUGGGUCGUUUAAUGUGUUAAAGAUCGGAUCAACGACCCCAGCGAGUGGUGGCGAUGCGGGAGAUGACGAUAAUGAUGUGGAGCUCGAGGACAAGAAAGCUGAGGUAGCUAAGGGAAAGGCCGAUUUGAGGAAGAAGAUCGAAGAGCUGGAGAGGCAGGCUGAUGAUCUGGAUAGGCUCAGAGAUGAGCUAUAG